CACGCGCCCGCCAUAAGCCCAAAAUGCAAGCCGUUCCUGAAUCCCGCCAACAAACCUUCGAGGAGAUCUACGGCCCACCCGAGAACUUUCUCGAAAUAGAAGUCCGCAACCCCCAAACCCACGGCACAUCCCGAAACAUGUACACAUCCUACGAAAUCGUCUGCCGAACGAACAUCCCCGCCUUCAAACUCAAACACAGCGUCGUGCGGCGCCGUUACUCCGACUUCGAAUACUUCCGGGACAUCCUGGAGCGGGAGUCCACGCGCGUCACGAUUCCCCCCUUGCCCGGGAAAGUCUUUACGAAUCGGUUCAGUGAUGAUGUGAUUGAGCAUCGCAGGGAGGGGUUGCAGCGGUUUUUGCAGAUUGUGGCGGGACAUCCGUUGUUGCAGACGGGGAGUAAGGUUUUGGCGAGUUUUAUACAGGAUCCGAAUUGGGAUCGGAAUGCGUGGUAGAAGGAAGGUUGUAUGAGGUAGCUUAGGUGGCUGAGGGGGGAAUCAGUGUGAUGUGUGAGAGAGGGGAUGGUAUUGUAGUGUCCAUCGAUCAGUGCGUCCUUGCUUCAGACAGAUGGAUACGAUAUUGAACAUCCGAGGGAGAUCGACGAUGGUCAGUCCGCAUAGGUAAGGAGUCUAUUCUUUCCGACUUUUUCUUCUAUUCAAUUCUUCCAUCGGCUCAUUCCAGUUCUGUCGGUUCGGGCGGAUUUCUUGUUGUAUCUAGCGUUAUAUCAUUUGGUCUGCAAUAUGUCUUAUUUUAUUGUUCUAUUCUAUGAUGUUGUGUGAAAGUGAAAGUGCAAUACUGUCUAUCAUAUGAUAUGGGCAUUAUCAGGUCUGUCUACUAGCAGCAUCUAAGCCAGUGGAUUACCGAGAUUGUUUAUUGUUUG